UUUUCAGGCCAAAAUGAGUCUGUUUGGGACAACUUCGGGUUUUGGAACUGGUGGGACCAGCAUGUUUGGCAGCACAACCACAGAUAAUCACAACCCUAUGAAGGAUAUUGAAGUAACAUCUUCUCCUGAUGAUAGCAUUGGUUGUCUAUCUUUUAGCCCACCAACCUUGACGGGGAACUUUCUUAUUGCAGGAUCGUGGGCUAAUGAUGUUCGCUGCUGGGAAGUUCAAGACAGUGGACAAACCAUUCCAAAAGCCCAGCAGAUGCACACCGGGCCUGUACUAGAUGUCUGCUGGAGUGAUGAUGGGAGCAAAGUAUUUACUGCAUCAUGUGAUAAAACUGCCAAAAUGUGGGACCUCAACAGUAAUCAAGCAAUACAGAUUGCACAGCAUGAUGCACCUGUAAAAACCAUACAUUGGAUCAAAGCUCCAAACUACAGCUGCGUGAUGACCGGGAGCUGGGAUAAGACUUUAAAGUUUUGGGAUACCCGAUCAUCAAAUCCUAUGAUGGUUCUACAACUUCCUGAAAGGUGUUAUUGUGCUGAUGUGAUAUAUCCUAUGGCUGUGGUGGCAACUGCGGAGAGGGGCCUGAUUGUCUAUCAGCUAGAGAAUCAGCCUUCUGAAUUCAGGAGGAUAGACUCUCCACUGAAACAUCAGCAUCGAUGUGUGGCUAUUUUUAAAGACAAGCAGAACAAGCCGACUGGUUUUGCCUUGGGAAGUAUCGAGGGGCGAGUUGCUAUUCACUACAUCAAUCCCCCAAAUCCUGCCAAAGAUAACUUUACCUUUAAAUGCCAUCGAUCUAAUGGAACCAAUACUUCAGCUCCUCAAGACAUCUACGCGGUAAAUGGGAUUGCAUUUCAUCCUGUUCAUGGCACCCUUGCAACGGUGGGAUCUGAUGGUAGAUUCAGCUUCUGGGACAAAGAUGCCAGAACAAAACUAAAAACUUCAGAACAGUUAGAUCAGCCGAUAUCGGCCUGCUGCUUCAAUCACAAUGGAAACAUAUUUGCAUACGCUUCCAGCUACGACUGGUCGAAGGGACAUGAGUUUUAUAAUCCCCAAAAGAAAAAUUACAUUUUCCUGCGUAAUGCAGCCGAAGAGCUAAAACCCAGGAAUAAGAAGUAGUGUCCUGAGACUUCUGGGUUGCCUGGAGUUGUUUUCUCUUCACUCUGCCUCGUCACUGUACGAAUUUGGGUCCCAGCUUUGGUGGGUUGUCAGCCAUGGACAUGGAUCUCAACCCCUGGAGGAAACGAUGCCAUGCUUAGUAGGUGAGAGCCCACUGGAGUGGUGGCCCACCAUGCCCAUUCCACUGCCCGCUGCAGAGUUCUUCUGUAACUUUAAGGGGAUUGAAAUGAUUUUAGAAGUUAGAUUCUUGUGGGCGACUGCCAGGUAUUUCACAGAGCUUCAUUCAAAAGUGUAUGUGUUAGAGAAUAUUGGAAAACAGUCUACGAACCCUGUGCUGUAUUUUGUAAUAAAACAUUUUGAAGUUUGCCUCCUGAGCUCCCUUCAUCCUUCUCUCCCUUGCCCCGCCCUGUAAUCUCAGAAGCGGUCAUCCUGCUCAGCACUGAACGUUGGGUUUUAAUUGUGAUUUCAUACACCCUUUGGGAAAUGCAGAAAUCUUGCAGCUUAGGAGAAAGGGAAUCCUGAGCUGCUAUUAUUUCUACCAUGUGAUAUGUCCUAACAGAUUCUCCAAGUAUUGGCAGGCAGAGUUUGAAUGUGGGUUUUUCUGUUUGUUUGUUUGUUUGUUUGCUUUAUUCAUUUCUGUCUUUAACAUGCCCAGUGCUUUCUGGCUCUGCUGGGCAGAUUUCCUAGUGACUCAGAGAUAGGGACCGUUCCUUGUGCUGAGUGACAGGCCUUUUGUGGGAUAUCCCUGCAAGGCCCAAGGAGGUGAAACUUGUAUGGCCUUCAAAUUAGAACCUGGAUCCCUUGCAUGGGAAUUGCUCUGAAUUUGUGACCCCAGGAGUGGUUGUUUGGGGGUGUUGAUUUUUUAUAUCAUGUAAUUUAAAAUUCCUGGUUGGUAAGUACUCAGAAUUAGACUCAAUGUUCAACUUUUGA